CGACGCCGUCGUCGGACCGGACAUCAGCUGUUUUCGUUGAUUAUAGUUGGCCGUUCAUCGAAAAAUCGAAACACAAAGACAUUAUAAUUACGUUUUUGAACAAUAAUUCUGGUUGCGUAUAAUUUUUUUCUAUUUCUUUUUUUUUUAAUAUUAUUAUCGCGAUAGUCUGUGAGGAAUAUUUUUCGAAUAAUCAGUCACAAUAUAACUAUGGUCGCGAUGACGGGUACGAUCGCGGAAAGUCGCAAAGUUUUCGCGUUAGCGUUUCUGCACUGUUUCGCUAUUAGGUUUUUCGAAAAUGCGACUGCGGACAAAGUCGUAUUAUCACCGUCAAAACGAAGCGACUUUGACAGCGCCGUCGACACGAACACCUUGAGAUUAGUGCACGCGGUAAGUGUUGUACACGAAUUCUUGUGGACUCAUUUAGGGGGUGGGGGCUCGUUCACAAGGACAUAAUCAAAAGGCGUUCAAAACGUUUACACGUCUCUGCGAAGACUUUUUAUUUAUUUUAUAUUUACUCGAUCAAACGAUUUUCGGUGCUGUACUUUAAUAAUACGCAGUCUACCCUUGUCCGCGUGAUACAGACGUUUCUCAAUAAUUCCCAAGUAAGUUUACUACUGUUGAUAGCGAUAAUGUCAAUGCACGAUAGAUUGUGAUUAGAUAUGAUAGAUUAUCACAUCCGUGCGCGCUUUAAAUUUGCUACAACUAUUCGCAGUAAAAAUUUCGUCGGCGUCCUGAAACGUACCGGUAGACUCAGUGACGCGUGUCCAGGAAUUUUCAAUGGGAAGGGAUGUAACCAAUACAAAUAAAGUGUAAAAUCGUCUUCUCUACCGAACUCGACUAUGGUAAUUGGUAAUUUAAAAGCCGGAUUCUAAAAACACAGCCAAUUUCUAAUCAAUGUAUCAAGCUUUUCCUCGGAACUUGACUGAAAUGUAUACAUUUCGAUAUUAGAUUACCCAUAUUUUUUUGUACUAUUUUUAAGCCUAUGGGAGGGGGAUUUAAUCCCUACUAUCCCCCCCUGAGCAUGCUACUGGGUAGACCUCGUAUUGAAACAUGCUGCAAUAACGAAACGGUCCUGUAGUAUAACAAUCCUGCAAAAGGAAUUUAUAAUCUAUCCAGUACUCACCCACUUAUAUUUUCCAAUAUUCCUAAUAUAUCCUGAGUUUGACGAAGCUAAUUGUACCACAAAGUUUCUAAUAAAAAAAAAAAUAAUAAUAAAUACAAUAGCUAACGAGCUUGUUGGUGCAGCUACGUACGUCUCACACGCGUACACAAUUAUUGAAGGUCAAAUUUCGAAAGAAUUCUAGUCGUAUUUAUGUACACGACGCAUAUACUGAAACGCAUUUAUUUUAUUUCAAUUAAAUAUAAAUAAAUUAUAGUAAAUAUACUGUAAAAUACUAGACAUUUCUGCUACUCUUAGCAGCAGCAAAAGUGACCAUCGAAUUUCACGUACUGAAUUAAAUUUAUAAAGGAAUAAAUGAAAUAAAAAUAUAUAAAAUUGGAUGAGAGAAUUGAACGUAUUCAUGAACAUUUUUUAGAAAAUCAUUACUUAGUCAAGUGCCUCACAAAAUUGCCCAUAAUCGUUAAAAUAUUGAUUAUGUAUAUUUUAUAUUAAAUAUUUAUUAAAUUAUAUUACACUAUUUAAUUAUUACAUUAUUGCUAUAGUGUUUUAGAUUUUAAGGACUCAAGGUCGAUUACGCUCAAUGUAUUUAUGCAAGCUCGUUUUUAAACACGCCAGAGUAUUGCCAAAGCAAAAUUCUGUCAGUCCUAAGCCUGUCCAAGUGUGAAAGGCAAUGAGUGUGUAUAUAUGUGAGACUUGAUGUUAUUCGGUGUAAUUACGUUGUACACAAGUGAGACAAAUUGUCACUAAAAAUAGACUGUACGCAAACAAGACGUACGCAUCUACGCCGGAUCCGUAAACGAGUACUAAUUUUUAGUUGUUUUCAUAUUGAGCACCCACACCAACCCCUAAAUUUUCCGAAAAAAUUCGAGCAGCAACCUAUUCUCAAAGACCGCAUUUGUUUCACCACUGUUUUGAAGUACCGCUAAAUUUUUUAUUUAAAAAACCAAAAAUAACAUUUACACCGUAUGUGCCUGUAUUUAUGUCACGUGACGUUUUAAAUUACUUACAGGUCUUCAGACACGGAGAACGGGCGCCGGCUGACACGUAUCCGUUAGAUCCGUACAUAAAUUCGACGUGGGAACCGUUUGGUUGGGGUCAAUUGACAAAUGUAAGUAUAUAAAUUACUGAGUGUUUCACGAGCAUGUUCAUCGCGAUAUCUUCGAUAAUAUUAACUUUAUUCGGAUUUCUAGAUUCUGAGCGGAGCUAGGAAUGUAUUGGUUUUAAAAUUUUUUUUUUUUUUUUUAUCUGUGAACAACUAUUUUACCAUAAAUUUUGUUCCGAUUUCAAAGUGUAACACUUAUUCUAAAUGGAAAUUUGAUUGAGGUGGUACUUUAACCAGGUAAUUUUUUGAUAUGCCCAGCUGUUUUCAUAAUAAAUGGGAAAAAUCGGGAAAAUAGGUACAAUAUUAAACAAAUAUUAUAAAACAAAAAGACGUCCUAGGAUAAUGGAGACGGAUGGAGCUAUUGUAAUAGGUAAUUUAAUGUAUAUAUGUAAGCAACGAUAAAUCAUUUUUAACGAAAAAACGAUUUUGAGUGAAGUUCAAUUGAUAGUGAUGCUUUGUCAACAAUAUAUAUAUAUGUCAUAUUAUAGUAAAAUAAUUAAAUAGGCAUUAUAUAUUUUCUUUAAUAAUAUUUGUUUAAUAUUGUGUCGAUUUUCUCGUUUUUCCUGUGUUUUUACCAAUUUUCCCAUGUUUUUUCCCGGAUUAUCACAUUUACUAAGAAAACUCCUAGAAAAAUGGAAAAUGACUUCUUAAAAGUAACUUCCCAGUCAGAUCUACUUUCAGAAAAAGUACUAUCAUUGUAAAUCGGAGCAAAAUCGUUGGAAGAAAAGUUGUAUAGAAGAAAAAAAGACCAUAAUAUAUUUUUACUAAUAUCUACAUUUUGUACAUUUUUCGUUUUUCUGACCUUUUAUUCCUGUUUUUCCUAGUUAUUAUGAAAAAAAAUUGAAAAAUCACAAAAAUGACCUCUCUAAACUAUGGAGAUAAAGUAGUCAAUAUAGAGUUAUUUAACAUAAACGUAUAAUAUCUGCAUUAUAUCUGAACUUCAAAAAUCUAUAAUUCCGAAACUUAGUCAGUCUGUUCAAUUCUGACUUCACCAUCCUUCUUAAAUCGGCAAUACUUAUAUGUUCGAAAAAAAAAAAUUAAAAAAUUUGACCGCGUCUGUAAAAGACAAUUAUAAGUUUUUGUUCAAAUUUCAAGUCACUACGAAUAUUUUGAACUGAAUUACAACAAAUAACAAAAUUGAUAAAAUAAUAAAAGCAUUAAUUUCGUAAAUUUCCCGGUUUUUCUUACGUUUUAUCCUGAUUUUUCCCAGAUAUUAUGAAAACCGCAAGGAAAAUCAAAAAAUGACCUACCAAAAGUACCAUAUGGACAACAUUCCCUUUCAGAAAUGGUUUCGUGUGUAUAUAUCUGAGCAAGAUUUCCAGUAAAAUUUUUGUACACAGGAUAAAAAAAAAAAAUAAAAAAAAUAAACAGCUUAGUAAAACCAAUACAUUCUACGCUACACUCAGAAUCUAAAAUAUAUAACGCAUAUGUAAUUAUUUUACCAUAUUAUGACAUAUGUAUUGUUGACAAAGUAACACUAUUAGCCUUGUUCAGAAUCGUUUUUCGUUAGCAAUAGUUAAUUGAUGCGUACAGAUAGACAUUAAUUAUCCUCUCUUUUUUCCCAACUUCUCAUCUACAACAGUGCCUCGCCCAUUGUGUGAAGUAUAUCCGUUUUUUUUUUAUUAUGAAACAAGCAGCUUUGAAGUGUCGUAUGUAUUCCAUUAUUGGUUAUCUUCGUUUAUUUUCGGGAAUGACAUUCCACUUGUUGUAAGUUUGGGUAAGGGAAGAGUAGUGUAGCAGCAUUUGUGUUGUGGCAUGGCGCGAGGCGUGUCAAUAGUGCUACUCUCUGCCCUUCCAAACUAAAAAGUUGUAUAGAUUCUUAACGGGUCGAUGGACAUAAAAAAUGUCAAUAUUAAAAUUAAAAUUUAAACUAAUACUCUAUUUAUGGAUUUUUUCUAAAAAAAAAAUGUAUUUGUAUUUUAAAAUAAUAAUCAGGUAGUUGUUUCAGCACUAAAAAAAGGAGUGAUAAAAAAAAUAAUAGAAAUUUAACAUUUUAUAGCUGCUUGUUACUUAGAUUUGAAAAAAAAAAGAACAUUUUCCGAGACAUCACAAUAGAAUCUUCACGAAACACCCUGUGUAAUAGUAAAUUUAUUUUUAAUUUUAUAGAUAUAACAUUUUAAUUCUGUGUAUACAGUAAUGUCUGGUACGAAUCCACAGUUUCUAGUGAUCUUGAUUAAAUUUUGCACAUUUGAUAUUCAAACAAUAGAAAGAUCGAUGUCUACUUUUUAUUUCGAAAUUUAACCAAAAACCUUUCAAAUGUGACUCACACUUGAUUUUUGAUAUUUGAAUAUACACAAAUUGAAUUUUUUUUAGUUGAUUUCUUAGUUAACUUGGUCACACGAAUAAAAAAAACCAUUAUUUUUAUUAAAUUUGACUGUCACACAAAAGAUAAUAGUCUUUUUAACCGGUAAAUUGCCGAAAAACAGCGAUUAUUUGCGAUAGGGUCAAAGGUGGAAACGAGAAUGUGACAGGGUUUAAUUGAAUUUCUUUUAUUGAUUUCUGCUUUUGAUGUGAUGCCCAAAAAAAAACACGUACAUGGCCCUCCACCAAUGAAAUUCUAUAAAAUUCGUAUUAAAAUAUUUUGUACGUCAUUUGUAUGAAUUUGACCGUUUUUAGAAUUUCUUCGAUACUAGUAUACGAGUAGUAUUGAAAAUACUGAAAAGAGGCAGACGACAUAUGCCACCAAUGUAAACAAUUAAAUUUUCAUAUAUUUUAAACUGCACGAUUAAAGUGAGCAAUUUGUAUGAAUUUGUAUGACCAUUUUCGAAAUUUGUUUGUAACCCCCUUCCUCGUAAUUAUCGAAAUAUCCAUUUUCCCAUGUCCCUCGCCCCCCAAAUUCGAAAUUUUCAACUUUUUUCUUAGCAAAACUAUUAAAUGCUAUUUGUAUGAAUUUGCAUGAUCACUUCCGGAAUCAAAAUAAUAAAACCUAUUUCCGAAAAUGAAAAUAAAAUAUUAACGAGUUCCAAAAUUUAAAUCGAAAUUAGUCAAAUUUGAAAACCGAUUUCUGAAAUAGAAAACAAAAUCGCAAUGAACAAAAACCUUUUACUUUAAAAAUUCAUAUUAAAAUGAAAUCAAGUAAUAAAUAUUAAAAUAUAAAUUUUCGUUGUCAAUUUAUAAACGCAUAAAUAUUUUGUAUGGCAUUUAAAUAUGUUUGACUAGUAUUUAUCGUCGAUGAUUUAUUGCAUGGUCGUUGACGACAAGCCAUUUUUGGGGGAAAAAACAUAAUUAUUUCGCUAAAAAUAGUCGAAAAUGUGAACGCCAUAAACCGUGAGCAUUUUAUGAAUAAAAUUUAAAUUCGUAACUAUAUUUUAAAUAACGGUUAAAACCGUUAAAAAAUCGAUAUCAAUAUCAAAACUAAAAUUGAAACCAUACAAAUUUAAAGCCUUUUCCGAAAUUUAAAUCAAAAUCAAAAAAAUUCAAAACCAGUAGUCAAAAUCGGAAUUUUUUCGCGGUUUCAAAUCCUGUUUUCAGCGUAUCCUAAAGGAAAAAACCUCAUAAUUACCGUUUCAUAUUGAAUCCCGUCGAAUUAUCAUUUCGGACAGUUUUGUCUGGUAUUUUGGUCGCCUAAAAAACAAUAGCAUGAAAUAAACAAUAUUUGUAUCACGAAGACGAUGUCUUUACAUUUAUUUUUUUUUUUAGAACGGCAAACGAAAUCAAUAUAAAUUGGGAAUGUUCAUUAGAAAACGUUACGCUGGAUUUCUGGACGCGGCAUACUCGCGCAAUAAAGUCACGUUCAUGAGUACCGACGUGGACAGGACCAAAAUGAGCGCUCAAUUGGUCGCGGCAGCCGCGUACAAACCGGUGGGAGUGCAAAAAUGGAACCGACACUUGGACUGGCUGCCCGUUCCGAUACAUUCCGAACCUUUGAACGACGAUCGAGUACGAUACGCAUUAUUCCAAUAAUAACACGGGGAAAAAAUUUAGUUUAAUUAAAUACAAAUAUAGUUACUUUGAAGAGUUAAUUGUAGUUUGCAUUGUUUAGAACCAACUAUAGUAUCGGGUUUAGUUGUGUUGACUCUACAAAUUAGUUUGUUGGACUAUUAUUUUUUCAACUAAAAAUCUUUAAUUGUUUUCCGUGAAUUAGCGUUGAAUCUAUUUUAGAUUCUGAUUGUAGCGAAGAAUUUUAUGGUUUUACAAAGAUGUUUAUUUAUUUUUAAUUUUCUGUUUUUGUUUUUGUUGAUUUAUACCUUGGCUAGUGGCUAUCUUGGUGACACAUGUGAAAAUAAAUCUGUUAUCGUUAUAGUUCAUUUGCUCUUCACGGGAAGAAAAAUACUUUUUUAAAAAAAUUAAUUAAAGGGCGACAACGGUUAACUUUGAUAAGGACAGUGAUGAAAACAGGGAAACGCGUUUGUAUUUUUAUUUUUUUCGUUCAAUACUGAUUCGGGUAAAAUUAUGCAGGGCAACUAUAGGCAUUUGUAUAUUGUAUUACACACUAAUCUAUAUGCGUUUGAUGCAGUUGUUGUUGGUACGGAUCCGGUGUCCCCGUUAUCACGAAGAAAGGCGGAGAAUAAUGAAUUCCACAGAAAUUUCGGAAGAACUCAAAACUUACAAAUAUCUGUACGAAUAUUUGUCCAUCCACACUGGAAUGUCCGUACGAGAUCCCGACGAUGUCCAAUCGAUUUACAGUACAUUAAAAGCCGAGGUACUUUUUUAGUAGGUAUCGAUUGCGCCUUAAUUAUUAUAGUAAAACAAUAUCCGUACUGUUGUGGGAUCCGAGAUGUAUUAAAACCUAUUUUUUUUCAUCAAUUCUAGUCGGACUACGGAAUGAUUCUUCCUAACUGGACGUCCAAAGUGUAUCCGGCUCAGUUGGCCCAAAUCACGUCGAGGAGUUUCGUACUGAACGCGUACAGUACCGAAAUGCGAAAACUUAAAGGAGGUAUUAAUUGCCACUGUGGUUAUUAUUUUUGUGGUGGUGGCUCGUGAGCACCUCGUAAAUGGCGGGGCAAAUGUUUAUGGAAAUAGGGGGCGUCAAUAUACAAUAAGAAAUAAAACCAAUAUGCAUAUUGUUAGGGGUAGUCAAACUGGAAAGGGUGAGGAGAAUAUAUAUCAAUGGUGACUUUUUUCUCUUGGUUUAAUGAUAUACGCUUACCUAUAUUUAUGAAAAAAAAAUAAUAGUAAUUGUUAAAAACCGGCCACGUACGACAGAAAUAUUUGACCGCCACUGAUAGAUACCAUAUCAGUAAUAAAAACGAGGUGGUGUUGCAACAUAAAUUAUAAUUUGUUUAUUUUGAAAAUUCAGUUAUUAUUCAUCGGUAAUUAUUUCGAAAACCCAAACAUGUUUACUAAGUGUAUAAUAAUAUGUAAAUAUUGUAAAUAUUAUAUAAGUUUAUAUUUUUCUGAAUUCGAUCAAUACGCCUGUGUGUAUCUAAUAUUUGAAACGAAAUUUUAGUUUUUAGAUUUUGAAAUACGGCGUUUACAAUAAACUUACCGGUAUAUUAUUAGGUAUAUUUAUAGUAGAGUAAGAAAAUUGUAAACAAGACAGCUCUAGUGAUGACACAACUGACACAACGAUACAACUAACGACCGAACAAGUACCCAAACUGGACAUAUAGCCGUGUCAUUAUGUGUUGUCAGAAAAUUAAAUAAUGUUUAUAAAAUAUACUUUCCCCGUUUGAGGAACAUCCCUGGGAACUUUCCCGGAAAAGUCCAUGGUUUUUCAUUUCCGAAAAUGUGCCCAUUACUAGGCAGCGCCUCGAUCACUUCAUCUGGCGAGCCGCCUCUGUAAUAUAACACUUCCGGUACCUAGAUGAUUUCUUGAAAUCUCUGACGAACGAAUUUUCACGUUUCUCAAAGUUUUUUUAGGUCCAUUAUUGAAGAAAAUAUUGGAAGACAGUAGAGACAAAGCGGUCCGCCGAUCGACGCAUCAGUUGUACGUGUACGCCGGUCACGAUUCCACGGUAGCGAAUCUCUUGAUCACCUUGGGUGUGUGGGACCUGCAAAUACCCACCUACAAUAUGUUGGCGUUGCUCGAGUUACACGAAACGGCCGGAGGACGAUUCUAUUUUAAGGUGCCAAUAUUUAACGAUUUUAUUGUUUUUUUUUUUUUUUUUUUUUUUUUUACGUACCUAUCGAUUUAUCAUGUUUUCUAUACGUAUACCGAUACAGGUGUAUUUGCGUAAUGAUUCGUCGACCGAACCGUAUCGCUUGCAAAUACCCAAUUGCGAAGACGACGCGUGCACAUUGGAACACGUGUCCGAAUUGACCGCGAACGUAAUACCGUCGGACCUGGCCGAAGAAUGCACGUCCGACGAUCCCUAUUUUUCGAAUAUGAAAUAUACCGAUCAAGGUCCGUGAUGAAAAAUGAAACCCCCACCCUCCCGUUUCAAACGAAUCAACACGAACCUUUAUUAUAAUUUUCAAUUUCAACCUGUGCAAAUUUCGUUGAAUGUGUUUAAUCGCGGCAUUAUAAUAAUAUUAACGCGUGCUAUUUAUUUUUACUUAAUUUUUAUUGAACAAAAGUGAUCUCAAUAUUAUAUGUUAAUAUUUUAACACAAUUUGUUUAUCGUGAUAAUUUGUAAACUAUAUUUAAUUAGAUGAGUAUUUCAACAGUUGAAAUAGUGUAGGCAUUAAAAAUAGACACACGAUAUAAUUUAUUGUAUGUGUUUGUCAGCCAAAAUUAAUUGUAUACCAAAAUAAAAAAACUAACAAUUUUUAAUAAUAUAUUAUUUGUCGAGUGUUUUUAUACUUUAGUACACCGGCGUGUUGUGCCAAAAGUCGGAAAUCAAUUUUCUAUAACUGCGCUAUUUUAUUUUGGUUUUGCUAUUCACAAUUUUUGUGCUGGGCAUUCUGUAUAAUAUUACGACAAUUUGAAAACAUUGCUGUCAACGAAAUUGUAAAUUUCGUCUCAAUAUACUACUUUCGUUCUGAUUCCCACGCAAUAAGCAUAAGGAUUUCGGUAUUAAAGCUAUUUUUAAUAAAAACGAAAUUACAAUAAAAAAAACAAGACGACCUAAAAUUAUAAUUGUCGUUGAAAAAAAACCCGAACGUGUAAAUCAAUUAAAUCGAUUAAUUAAUCGUGUAUAUUUUUAAUGUCAGCCGUUUUCUGGACUACAUCGAUACCGAGGGAAAAAUACGAAUAAUAUAGUACUCUGCUCAGAAUCGUUUUUCAUAAGCAAUAGUUUAUCUUAACACACGGCCAUACAUUCAAUUGAACUAUAUGUCUUCACUUCACGGGCGGUACAUACAGCCGUCAUACUGUUGACAGCUGGUAUAGCUGUACCACGACAAAAAAUACGAUUGAAUCGACAGACAAAAUUAAUUACGUAAUUGUUUUUUAAAUAUUUAAUGUAUACAAUAUAUGCAAACAAUAUCAGUUUUAAUUAUUUUAAAUUAUGCUAUUAAAUUAAUAAUAAUAAAAGUAAUAACGGUAUUUAUAAAAAUAUACAAUUAGACUUAAUGCGUUAAAUAUUGACAACAACAAUUAUUCUUAUACACAAACAAUCACAUUUGAUUACAUCUUACGCUUUAUGAACAUAAAACACAAUUUAUUUAUAUUUUGUACUUACAAUUAUAGACAAUGUAAUAAACUAUGAUGAAUAUUGGGUGGGCGCAAAAGUAGGAGGAUGGUGAACUGGAACACGUACACGUGCACUUUUUUAGUUUUAGGAGCUCACGAAAAACAAUUAUAAUUUUCAAAUGUAUUUGCGGAGGCGUGUAUGUUUCCGGAUUUGAAAACCAAACACUCGUAACGACGGGAUUAGUAUUAAAUUCUAAUAUCAAAAUCAAAUACACGAGUAGGUGCAUUGAAUAUCGUUGAUUCAAUAAAAAUAAUUUGACAAAUAAAAUAGAUAGGAUACAGCGAUCGUCGAUGUAACCCGUUCGUCUACGCGAUGUGCGUUAUUUGUGACUUAUUUAUUUCACCAAAAAUGUAUGAUUAAUAACUAAAUUUAAUACUUAGAAAAUUGGGGGGGAGGUGGACAGGCGGCGUAGUAAAAUGUAUCUCUUCGGUUUUCACUAUAGAUUUUUAAAUAUUAAUAUGUUUAUCGGGGACCUCGCGAAAACACCUGGCGCCGCCGACACUUGCCCAUGUAAUUAUUAAAUUAUUAUUCAGUUAUAAUAUAAGACCUAUCGUCUUAAUUUGCUAAAAACUAUGCGCACGUGUUUUUUUUUUUUUUUUUUUUUCAUGCAUACAUAAUAUAUAAACUCGUAUGUCGUAUAAAACUAAAUAACGAAAUUCCUACUAACAAUAAUAAUAAUAAUAAUAAUAAAAACGCUUGACUAGGUCGACGGUUUGUAGAAAAAUCGGAUGGUCCAAAGCCUGGAGCAACCGCGCAGAGUUCUCGGUUUAGGAUAAAUGCACCGGAACGGAGCGCGUACCGAUUUUAUUUAUUACCGUGUUUUUCAUCUAUACUUAACCGCGUGCACCGCUGCAGUAAACAUGUUUACUCGGAUUGUGUUUAAGGAGCGUAGUUUUUUUUUCACAAACGAAAAAUUACAUUAUUUUAUUCUAUUUGAAGAACUCCGAUAUUUCUUGUAGCGAUUUGUUUUCGGUUUCCGGUAAAAAAUAAUAAAAGUACACGCAACCGAAUAAACCGGCCGUGCCGAAUAUCGUAAAAGUAUUGUAAAAUUGCACAAAGGUGCAAAAUUCCGGAUAGUACCUGAUCAUAAAGAAAGUCAUCACGUAACCCAAUGCCGUACAAAAGCUACAAGUAAUGUUUCGACUCCUGAAAAGAAUUAUAAAAAAUAAUCAUAUUUUAUUACAACGGUAAUAGUUUUUGUUUUUA